UGAGAACUGCCUUUUUGAAGUGGAGGGAAAGAAAACAAUCCGGCUUGUCUCAUAUUAACAUUUCAGCCAUGAGUGGAUGCCCAUAUUUUCAGAGGAAAUUUGUGUCAACCAGCAAGCAGCAUCAGAAAGAAGAUGAGAAUGAUGAUUCUCAGACUGGAAUUAACAAGGCCAGUAAAGGAGGUCUUAUUUAUGGUGACUAUCUGCAGGUACGUGACGAGCGAAACAUGCUCAAAGUCAACACUCGCAUCCACAGGAUUGUGAUGAUAUUCAGACUAUUGCUUGACCAGUUUGCUGUUCUGGAAACCAUGACUGCCUUAGACUUCUAUGACUUCAGGGAAUAUCUCUCAUCUGCUUCAGGCUUCCAGAGUCUGCAGUUUCGACUGUUGGAAAAUAAGAUUGGGGUCCAGCACAACCAGAGGGUCCCCUACAACAGAAGGCAUUACCGGGACAAUUUUCGUGACCAAGAAAGUGAGCUGCUCCUCCACUCAGAGCAGGAGCCCACACUGCUGCAGUUAGUGAAGCAAUGGCUGGAGAGAACGCCUGGCUUGGAGGAAGAUGGCUUCAAUUUUUGGGGGAAACUGGAAACCAAUAUUCUCGGGGGGCUCAGGAGAGAAAAGGAAAAAAUAGAGCAAAAACCAGCCUCGGAAAUGAAAGAGGAGAUGAUGGCUGAGCUCAUUAAGCAGAGAGACAUUUUCUUAUCGCUCUUUGAUGAGAAAAGACACGAUCACUUAGUAAGCACAGGUCAGAGGAGGCUGUCCUAUAAAGCACUGCAAGGAGCCCUGAUGAUCUACUUCUAUAGGGAGGAGCCUCGAUUUCAGGUUCCUUUCCAGCUCCUGACAUCUCUGAUGGACAUCGACACCCUCAUGACAAAAUGGAGAUACAACCAUGUGUGUAUGGUGCACAGAAUGAUCGGCAGUAAAGAUGGCACAGGUGGCUCAUCAGGCUAUCAUUACCUGCGCUCCACUGUCAGUGAUCGCUACAAGGUGUUUGUGGAUCUGUUUAACCUGGCCACCUUCCUGGUUCCGAGGGAGUGGGUUCCCAAGCUGGACCCGAGUGAGCACACCUUCCUGUACAUGGCCGAAUGCUGCGACAGCUCCUACUGCAGCAGCAGCGAUGACUCUGACUAAACGGAUGCAGGGAUGAGAAAAGGAUGGACAGCGUUUGCAGAGUACAAAAGAAGAAGAAAAGUCUACCAUCCCCAAGAUUUGUCACCAAAAACUUUUUAAAUGGCAGAAUGAGAGGCUACAAAGCUGUGCUGAUUUUACAGAUGUUAAGUUAAUAUAACAACGGCAUCAACAAAAUAUCUACAUCAGUGAAACUGUUGAUGCACUUGUGUAUAUACUGUCAAUAUAAUGUAAUAUUAUAACAGAUUUCUAUUUUGUAAAUACAAUAUACACAAAUACAGAUAUAGAGAAACUUCUUGUUUAUUUGGGGGGGAAAAAACAGACCACAUUUUUGGUCCAAAUGUAAACUUGGAUAGAAUGGAGUUUAUAUACUAUCAGUAAACAUUUCAGAUUAUUCUUAAAAUGUAAUAGCAAAUGCAAAACUGUGAAACAGAAUAAAAGUAAGCUUUGUAGUUA